CAUGAAGGCAACAUAACAACCGACAGCAGUAACUGUUACGGCUUGACACAUUAGCUUUAGCAUACAGACAAGGAACAGCGGCGGUGUCGUUCACAGAAAGUUCAUUUCACAAUGUCAGCAGCACUUGGUCCAGAAGGUUCUGGUGCAGCGUCAGGCAACAGGCGCCUGCAGCAAACCCAAGCCCAGGUGGAUGAGGUGGUGGAUAUUAUGCGUGUUAAUGUGGACAAAGUGCUGGAACGUGACCAGAAGUUGUCUGAACUGGAUGACCGAGCAGAUGCACUGCAGGCUGGAGCCUCCCAGUUUGAGACCAGUGCUGCCAAACUGAAAAGAAAGUACUGGUGGAAGAACUGCAAGAUGUGGGCCAUCCUGAUAGCUGUCAUAGUGAUCAUCAUCAUCAUCAUUAUUAUUUGGAGUUACUCGUAAAACAGCAAACAGAAGAGGAGGAGGAGUGGAGGAAAUGAUGAUGAUGAAGAAGAGGAGAGGAGCAACAGCACAAUUAAUGUCUCAGAGGAAGGUCACACGAUUACUGUCUACUGACAACAUUUGUCCCCUCUUGCAGGGGAUCUUCAUUCUUUGUCCUGGUGUGUAUGUGCAUGUGCGUGUGUGUGUGUGCGCGCGUGUGUGUUCCACACCAAGUGCCAAAGAAACAUACAUACAGAAACGAGCUGAUAAUUAAACUCAAACUCAACCAAAACCCAGAAAAAAAAGUAUAAAUUCAUCAUCUUUGACUGUAUGACAAGGCACACUCACUCACACACACACAUACACACACACACACACACACUCCAACCUCAGGACUGGAAGUGAAGAAUUGUUGUAAACUCUCCUCAAGUUAUAUUUGCUUUUUCAUUUUUUAUGUUUUAUUAAUAGCCAUUGAUUUUGUGUGCCAGACUUAGAGAAGUGCCUUUAAAGAUAUGCUGUUCUGUGUCAGUAUCCCUGCAUAUCAUUGAAGAGAUGCCCCUUUCCAACAAAUACACAUUUGUACUUUUCAGAGUGCCAAUAUUUGGAUUUUUCCCCCCUCAUUUUAAAAAGAUUUGCUCGUCUGUCGUUUCAUGAAUGCUUAAAGUUGACCAGAGAAUGAUGAGAUCCAAUGCCUUAUUUUAUUUAUGCACAUGAUUGAUUGCUAAUUAAACUCUCUGUGUAAGACAUUAUUUUGGAUUUAAUAAAGAGGAAUUUCAUCAGUCACCCAACAACACAAAGCUGACCAGUAACACACUGUUGAACCACCUGAUCAUACCUGUCCUUGUGCAUCUUCCUUUCAGGUGAGAUGUGGUUACAGGAAAAACUAGAAUAAGCUUGUGAUUAGAUAAGUGCCUAAAUGCUCAGACAAAUAGCCUCGCAGCUUGACAAGGCUAGAGAAACCUCUGUAAAAUUCUUAAAAAAACAAAAAACAAAAAAAAAGAACAAGAAAGUGCUACAC